AUGAGGCCGGCGCCACGACCUUCCGCAGAGCCUGGGGUGGCGGGUCUCCCCGAUUUGACGGACGAUGAUGAAGAUGAGGACGAGGAGUACGACGAGGAGGAAGACGAAGAAGAAGAGGAAGAGGAGGGAGGGCACUACAAAUACAAAAAUCAGAGUUACGAGAAUGGCACGCGAGACAAAAGCAACUACGUCGCCCUCUUGGGUCCGCAGCUUGCAAGGGUGAGCUUCAGCAUGACAAGCGAAGAUUUCACUCAAGGCUGGUACCACAAGAACGCCACGCGCGACGAUGCCAUGUCGCUGCUCAAGGGCAAGCCGGUCGGCACGUUCCUCAUCCGGCCGAGGGUGCUACGCGAUGACGGCCUGGUCAAGCACAACCUCAUCUACGGACUCUUCCCCGGCUACUCGCUCACCGAGAAGCCGGCCUCCGACAAGGACAAGUUUUGGAACCUCACCUCCCUCAUCCGCAACUGCGACUUUCUUCGGACGAGGCAGGGUCUCACGAAGAACACGACCAAGUCGAGUAUCGAGGUCGUGGCGCGGGUGGUCGAGCUGUUGGAGCAGAACAUGACCUCCCUGACCACCCUCAGCUGGUGUCUCUCCGUCACCCAGUGCUCCUCGCUCAACACGGCCUGGGACAUCUCGCGCGGGAACAAUCAGUUGGGCGGGAUGAUGGGGAUGGACCUGUACGCAGCGGCGGCCGCGCCCUUCAUGAACGAUUUUCGGCUGCCAACCGUGGCCGGCGAACAUUCGGGCAAUGGCACCGGUGGCGGCGGUACGGAGAAGCGCACCUUCGUGCGCUACUGCGGCAAGGAGUACGUCGCCCCCGAACUGCUCCCGCUGCAGGACAACGCAGCCAAGGUGAUCCUGGAGGCGCUGGCCUACAACGAGACGCUCGUGAGCCUAUCGGUGCUGGGCGAGGAGGGCUCCUUCAUGAACCUCAACUUCUCGCCCAAUUUCACCGACAAGGAAGCCGGCUGGCUUGCCGACGCUCUACGGGUCAACGAGAGCCUCACGAACGUGGACUUGAGCGUGAAUAGCAUCACAGACGCGGGCGCCAUCGCCCUCGCCAAGGCGUUGUCGACCUCCAAUCGAUCCGUUCGGCUCCUCGACCUCUCGCACAACUUCAUCGGCAAGGAGGGAUUGGUUGCGCUCGCGGGCGUGUUGAAGGUCAACCGGCGCAUGCAGGACCUGCGGAUCGGCAACCAAUACCAGUGGAACGGCGCGCUGCACACGGUGGUGUUGCGUACCGACCCGUUCGAGCGGGCCGUGUCGCGCAUGAUCGAGAACGCGCUCGAGCGGAAGCGCGAACUCCUGGAGAACGCCGGGACCUACUUCCACGGCUUCGUCACCCUCGCCCAGGCCCGCGCUCUGCUGCGCGGCGAACGCGAGGGCAGCUUCCUGUUCCACCUCAACGAAAACCUGCCCAACUGCCUCAUCGUCUCCUUCGUCGUCAUGACGUCAUCAUCCACGUCAUCACCACCUUCAUCAACCUCGUCUUCUUCAUCACCAUCAUCGUCGUCUUCUUCAUCAUCACCCGCCGUGCGCCACCGGGCGCUGUACAAGACAGACGUGGGGUACAGCUUCGACCGCGGCCACCAGCGGACGGUGCUGCCGCUGCUGGACUACUGCGCGUGGAAGAUCUCGGGCAACGCGGAGCUGCGCCGGCGGUUCAAGCGCCAUCCGAUGGCGCAGCAGGUCGACAUCAAGGAGAAGCUCAAGAGCAUGCGCAACCUCUUCCCGCUGUGGAAGAUCUCGGGCAACGUGCAGGGCGCUGGCCUGUCCUCUUCCGCCGACAGCGUCAUCGCGCAGAGCACCACCAUUACCACCACCACGGGAGCGGUGUACCCCACCAUGCCCUACGUUGUACAGAAGAACCGGCAGUGGCUGGUGCACCCCGUCCUCACUAAACACGCGCCAUGA